AUGACAUUUCCUCAUCAGAUUGCAGAACUGGGGAGCGAUAUCAUAAGGCUCCUACAUAAAUUAGUCAACCUCCUCUAUCAGGCCUCCUAUCGACUCUCUUUGUCCUACCGUACGGCUCUGGACCUACGCCCAGUUAAUUGGCGAGUAGAUGCUUUCAGUACAGCCGAUACAUUUUUGCAUACAUUAGUACCGCAUUUGCUAAUCGGCCUUAUUCAUUUAUUCACUCCAAGUGCUGUCACAUUUGCUUAUUCUUCCUCUCUCGCGAGUCGGCUAGCACCACCAGUUGGGACUUCGAGCAAUGAUACCUCCGAUACACUCAGUAAAUCCAUUCCUCCUCUGAGCAAUGAUCAUUUGCCGAUAUCUGAUAUGAAGCACUUGAUUCAACUAAUCUGCCAGCCUCUCUAUGUCUAUUGGCCCAAUCUUAGCUUGCACAAUCAACUACCUCCCUCGCAGGCAGCGAAUUUUUCUCAUACUCCUUUGGACACUCUUCAACCCUCUGAUACUUCCGCUUUAGACGCUACACAUUCAUUUUCUGUUCAACGUCUUCUUCCAAGACAGCAGUCUCUACAAUCGCUAGAUGCCAAUUCCUCUUCAUUACAAGAAAGAAACUCAUCCUCUCCACAAGCCAGCACUUCCAUCCCAGAUUAA